GAAAAUUACAAAAGUCGAGUUUGUUGCCAGAUUCUCUUUAUUUUUGUGUUACGAACGCAAUUAUUAGCUAGAGCUCCCACCGCUCCGACGCCGACAAGUUCCCUGGGUUUUGGAAUUGGAGUGUGUUUCGUCGAUGCUUUGGGCUUCGUAACGGGAAAUCAGGAAUGUUUCUCUCAGGCGCACACUACACAACUACGCAUACAACUUCUUAUGAAACCUGAGAUUGCUUCCCUGAAACAAGGGAUUGGAUGGUCUAUUAAGGCUUGUAAAAGGAUGAUGCAGUUUUCAAGUAUGUUUGAGUAAUUUCUGCCUGAUUUGUUGGUUUUCCUGGUAUGGAGGUCUCCUUUCAAUUUCAGAAGCUUUGUCAUAUCGAACGCCGUAGAUGGAUUUUUGUUGUGGGAGUGGUGGCGAUGACAUACUUAUUAUUUCAAUCACUGUUGCUUCCUUAUGGAAAUGCCCUUCGUUCGAUGUUACCAGAUGAUGGGGAUUCAUUUAUUGAUAGAAAUGCAUUUGCCUCUGCAAAAUUGUCUGCGAAGUCUGGGCUGGUUCGCAGCACUCUUGCAGUUAAUGAAACGGACUCAAGUAAUGAUAUAGAGUUUUUAGGGCUGGUGAAAGACUCUGUCAGUUCUAUGGUUGACAGAGAUAUCGAGGAUGACAGUGUGCUUAAUGGAAAUGAUGGAGGAACAGUGAAUGGAUUUGUUUCUGAGGAUAAUGACCCAGAUGAUUUUGUUGAGCUUGUUUUGGAUGGAGAUGUAGUGAGCGUUUCUCUAUCUAAGGGUGACACAGAUGUGAGGGACAUUGUUAACAUACAACAGGGCAGUUCUACCAUUGGCCUCCCCAGUGAAGUUACCCAUGAUGUCCCCCUAGAUCAGAAUGGGAAACCAAACUGGAAAGUUUCCAUGAGCAAUGGUGAAGAAGCUAUGAUUGUGACGCAUAAAGGGUCUGGCAUUUCAGAUGGAAACUUGUCUACUAGUUCUGUUGCUCUGCAAAGCAAUUUAUUGACUUUGAAAAAUAAAUCUUCAGUGAUUCUCAAAUCUGUAAGGAAAAGGAUGAGGAGUGAAAUGCCACCAAAAUCAGUUAUGUCAGUAGAUGAAAUGAAUCAUCUAUUGGUGCGACACCGCAGGUCUUCACGUGCGAUGAGACCACGACGAUCCUCUGUACGCGAUCAAGAGAUUUUUGCAGCAAGGUUACAAAUUGAGAAAGCUCCAAUCACAGCGAAUUAUCAAGAACUUCAUGCUCCUCUGUUUCGAAAUGUCUCCCAGUUUAGAAGGAGCUAUGAACUAAUGGAACGCAUUCUCAAAGUCUAUGUAUAUAAAGAUGGGAGCAAACCUAUUUUCCAUCAACCAGUACUCAAGGGAUUGUAUGCGUCGGAGGGAUGGUUUAUGAAACUGAUGGAGGGGAACAAACGUUUUGUUGUAAAGGAUCCUCGUAGGGCUCACUUGUUUUACAUGCCAUUUAGUUCUCGGAUGUUAGAGUACACUCUUUAUGUGCGUAACUCCCAUAAUAGGACAAACUUACGCCAGUAUCUGAAGGAAUACUCAGACAAAAUUGCAGCCAGAUAUCCUUAUUGGAACAGGACUGGGGGAGCGGAUCAUUUUCUUGUCGCCUGCCAUGACUGGGCACCAUAUGAAACAAGGCACCAUAUGGAACAUUGCCCUAAAGCUCUCUGCAAUGCUGAUGUCACUGCGGGCUUCAAAAUAGGGAGGGAUGUGUCUCUUCCUGAAACAUACGUACGGUCUGCCAGAAACCCCCUGAGAGAUCUUGGUGGAAAACCAUCUUCUCAGAGACGCAUUCUUGCCUUCUAUGCUGGAAAUAUGCAUGGCUAUCUACGUCCAAUAUUGCUGGAGCACUGGAAGGAUAAAGACCCAGAUAUGAAAAUUUUUGGUCCCAUGCCUCCAGGUGUUGCUAGCAAAAUGAAUUAUAUUCAGCACAUGAAGAGCAGCAAGUACUGUAUAUGCCCCAAGGGUUAUGAGGUCAACAGCCCACGAGUCGUUGAAGCCAUCUUCUAUGAAUGUGUACCUGUCAUCAUAUCUGACAAUUUUGUGCCACCCUUUUUUGAGGUCUUGAAUUGGGAAGCAUUCUCUAUAAUACUGGCAGAGAAAGAUAUCCCCAGCUUAAAAGAAAUAUUGCUUUCAAUACCGGAAAAGAAGUAUCUUGAGAUGCAACAAGGUGUCAGGAAGGUUCAGCAGCAUUUUCUUUGGCAUGCGAAGCCGACAAGGUACGAUCUCUUCCACAUGACCCUUCACUCAAUUUGGUACAACAGAGUUCAUCAAAUAAAACUUAGAUAAGACUGUUUAAAACAGCCUUUAUGUUGUUAGAGAAAGCAAUGACAACGUAAAGAGUAGCCCCUUAGUUUGUGAAAUAAUAUAUGUAAAAAGUUGUGUGUAAUUUGUUGUGUGGUUGUUCUGUUGUAUAUAAAUCUCGUGGUACAAUUUUCCUCUUAGGUACUUCUGGAAGUUAAAUAAUCUGUUGCUUG